UCUCUCUCUCUCUCUCUCUCCUUUUGUCGCUUACUACUCCUCACUUUCUGUUCGUCUUUCUCUCUCUAUAUCUGCAAUUCUUUUUUACACUUGUUUCUCUCUCUCAUCCAUUUACGUGUUGCUUUCUUGUUCUUUAUCUGAACAAAAAGUGAUUUUUGUUUUUGUUAAUUCUGGUAAAGAUUUGAGAUCCUCUACGUGCUUCUUUUUGUUUCUUUUUACUUGGUUCCUAAUUAGAACAUUGAGUGCUAGUACGCCCAAUUGGGCAUCUAAAGAUGGGUAUAUACCUCAGUACUCCUAAAACUGAAAAGUUCUCUGAAGAUGGUGAGAAUGGUAGGAUCAGAUAUGGUUUAUCCUCCAUGCAAGGUUGGCGUGCGACCAUGGAAGAUGCUCAUGCUGCAUAUCCUGAUCUAGAUGCUUCCACAUCGUUCUUUGGUGUUUACGAUGGUCAUGGAGGUAAGGUUGUUGCUAAGUUUUGUGCCAAGUAUCUUCAUCAGCAAGUGCUUAAGCAUGAAGCAUAUUCUGCUGGAGAUAUAGGAACUUCAGUUCAUAAAGCUUUCUUCAGAAUGGAUGAAAUGAUGCGUGGACAAAGAGGGUGGAGGGAGUUAGCUGUUCUGGGAGAUAAAAUAAACAAGUUUACUGGUAUGAUUGAGGGUUUGAUAUGGUCUCCAAGAAGUGGUGAGGGGCAUGACCAGGUGGAUGAUUGGGCUUUUGAGGAGGGGCCUCACUCUGACUUCUCUGGACCAACAUCGGGGUGCACAGCCUGUGUUGCAGUUAUUAAAAACAGCCAACUUGUCGUUGCUAAUGCUGGUGAUUCUCGUUGUGUAAUAUCUAGGAAGGGCCAGGCAUACAAUCUUUCCAGAGAUCACAAACCCGAUCUUGAGGCUGAAAGAGAGAGGAUCUUGAAAGCUGGUGGUUUUAUCCAUGCAGGACGUGUCAAUGGCAGUUUAAAUCUUGCAAGAGCCAUAGGUGACAUGGAGUUCAAGCAGAACAAGUUUUUGCCUGCUGAAAAGCAAAUUGUGACUGCCAACCCAGACAUAAAUACUGUUGAGCUUUGUGAUGAUGACGAAUUUAUCGUGCUGGCUUGCGAUGGUAUCUGGGAUUGCAUGUCAAGCCAGCAGCUAGUAGAUUUUCUACGGGAGCAGUUGAACACAGAAAGCAAACUUUCUGUGGUAUGUGAAAGAGUACUUGAUAGGUGUUUGGCACCAUCUACUGCUGGCGGUGAGGGAUGUGACAACAUGACCAUGAUCUUGGUGCAGUUCAAGAAACCCCACGAGUCUGCUGCUGCUGCUGAUGCAGAUGAGAAAUCCUCGACUUCUGAUCAUGGAAAUCAGUCUGCUACUGCAGACGAGAAAUCCUCAACUUCUAACCAAGCCGAUACUGAAUUGAAACCAGCAGAAACUGAGUCAAGCCCGUGACAAGUUUAUCAAUGUGUCGUCAGAUUGCGUUGGUGUGAGCUGUAGUUCCAAGGAUAUUCAAGAAUCCUUGGUUGUCUCUGUAACUGAAGAUAGUUUGGCCGGUAAAGAUGGGCCGGUUACAAAUUUACGAAUGAGAUUCGCCAUGUGUCGUGUUUUUUUUUCCUUUUUCUAUACGAUAUUAUAAUUGCAAGUAGCUUGUACAGAAUAGAUCUGGAUCAAAGUUGUUGAACCGUCAUCUAGUUUAGCAGUCUAUAUUAGCUUGAUAAUGGUUUUGAUAUACCCUGCUUGUUUUUUCUUCAAAAUCAUAAUUGGUUCUUUUCUGCUGAA